UUGUCCACCGCACCGGGGUUUUCUACUCGCAUCUGGAUCUCGGUUCGCAUAGCAUACAGUUUAGUGUCCUGUCCCUACACAAACCACAGAAGAGUGAAGAAAAGAGGAGAAAAAAAACUUCUUCGGCAACUUUCUAAUGUCUACGCUCCUGUCGUGAUUUCCUUUUCGUCGAAAUCCAAGCGCCGAACGAAAUACUUUGACUCUUUGAUUCAGAAAUUCUUGCAUGUGAAGAAAAGUUUUUUCUUUUUGCGAUUUUUUUUUUAAACCAAAUGUUUCGUUGCUUUCUCCAUGUUUUCUCGACAGAGUCUGGAACUCGACAUUUGUGCGAAACACCCGAUCUUUGAAACGGGCUGCUUUUUGAACUGUGUUUAAGGUUAUUUUCGGCGUGAGUGUGUGUGUGUCUCUCUCCCUCUCUGUGUGUGUGUUUUUUUUUUUUUUUCCUUCAAGUAUUUCAGAGGUGGCCUAUCUAACAGAGCUGCUGUGAAUGAAGUAUCUGUUGAGUACUGCUAAAGAAAUAACCGCGUCUCCAUGAGGAAACUCAACGUGGGAGCUGCUGAAACUUUGUCCUAGAGUUUUUUUUUUUUUUUUUUUUUUUUCCUUACCCACCUGAGCGAUUAUUACUAUUUUCUCCACGAGUUUUGUGUUGGUAACUUUUACUUAAACCUACGCAAUGAAGACUAUGUUGGUGUACUCCGCAGUUUGCACGUUGGUUGUGUUUUUUGUGUCGGCGAGGGCAGAGCCCAAGACGAAAAACUGCAAUGAAGUUCGUGCUGCUUACAGCUCCAAAGGCUUCAACGUCAACGAUGUGCCCAACAAAGGAGUACAAGGAGCUCCCCUGAAAGUCUGUCCGCAGGGUUUCUCCUGCUGCACCGUGGAGAUGGAGGAGAAGCUGAGCCAGCAGAGCCACUCGGAGAUCAAAGCGCCUGUCUCCCAGCUUAGCACAAACCUACAAAGCACCUUCAAACAGAGGCACAGCCACUUUGACCAGUUUUUCCGUGAGCUUUUGGACAAUGCCGAACGCUCACUGAACAGCAUGUUUGUGCGGACGUAUGGGAUGAUGUACGUGCAGAAUGCAGAGCUCUUCAAGAACUUCUUCCAGGCACUGAAGCGCUACUACAUAUCAGGCAGCAGCGCCGUCAACCUGGACUCCAUGCUGUCAGACUUCUGGGCCGACCUGCUGGAGAGGAUGUUCCGGCUGGUCAACGUGCAGUAUGAGUUCUCCGACGCCUACAUGGAGUGUGUGAGCCGCCACACGGAGCAGCUCCAGCCCUUUGGCGAUGUGCCGCGCAAGCUCCGUCUCCAGCUGACGCGGGCCUUCGUUGCUGCACGCACUUUCACACGUGGGCUGGCGCUCAUGCCGGAGGUGGUUAAUAAAGUCUCUACGGUCAGUGCGUCUCCCAGCUGUGUGCGAGCAGCUAUGAAGAUGUUGUACUGUCCCUACUGCUCGGGCCAGGUGGCCCUGAAGCCCUGCCAGAAUUACUGUCUGAACGUGAUGCGCGGCUGUUUGGCGAACCAGGCUGACCUCGACACCGAAUGGAACAACUUCCUUGAUGCCAUGCUGAGUCUGGCUGAGAGGCUCGAGGGUCCCUUUAAUUUUGAAUCUGUCAUGGACCCAAUCGAUGUGAAAAUCUCAGAGGCCAUCAUGAACAUGCAGGAGAACAGCAUGCAAGUGUCACAGAAGGUCUUCCAGGGAUGUGGCCAGCCUAAGCCAAACAUGGCCUUCCGUUCCCGUCGCUCUGUCAAAGAAACUGGCUUUACAGGUCGCUUCCGUCCUUACAGCCCCGAUGCACGGCCUACAACCGCUGCUGGGACCAGCCUGGAUAGACUGACGGCAGAUGUGAAGAAGAAGCUGAAGCAUGCCAAGAAGUUCUGGUCCACGUUGCCAGACACUGUGUGUGCUGGGGAGAGGAUCGCACCUGGGGACGAGUGCUGGAACGGAACAGCAAAAAGCAGGUAUGAGUCAGUUGUCAUUGGCAAUGGACUAGCCAAUCAGGUGUCAAACCCUGAUGUGGAUGUGGACAUCACAAAGCCAGACAUCAUGAUUCGCAGUCAGAUUGCGGUUUUGAAGGAAAUGACGAGCUGGCUCAAGGCAGCACACAGUGGCAACGACAUCUCCAUCGAUAAUGAUGAAGAUGCGAGUGGAGGAGAAGAGAGCGGAAGCGGUUGUGAAUCCCCAUCUUGUGAAACAGACCGGGACAUCUACUUCUCCACUCCACCCCCUAUCAAACCCCGAGUUGUCCCGGUGGUGGACAGACAACCAGGAUCAACCAGUGGCGCCCGCAUGUCACAGGGAAGCAUGGCACUGGCGCUCUGCGGGCUGGUGCUGGCCCUGCUUGCUCCCCACUUGAGAUAAAACUGCCGAGGCAGGGCGAGGAAGAGAACGAGAAGGAACGUUGGAGCGAAGGGGAAACCUGUCAGAGAGACUUUGAAAAGACUGCCUUCAGGACCUUGGUCUGUCCGCCACUGGGGGGGAGACUCUUAUUAAUAUUACAAUAACUUCACUUUUAAUUAUUCAUUUGUAUGUUUUUUUUUUUUUUUUUUAAAGGACAUCAGUGUACAGCGAUACAUUGUUCUUUCCAAAAAAAGAAAUCCACCAAUUUUUUCCCCACUCCUUUCCCAUAUGUGUUUUUUUUUUUUUUUUUCUUUUAGGGAUAAACCUAUUCCCCUCAUGGCCCUUUGGAGCUAUGAUUCUUCUCACAACAUUAUAAAUCGUGUUUAUUUGGCAAUUAAAUCCCAGUUCAUCUUUGUGCCUUCCUAAAAGAAUGUCGUCAGAGUUGACGCUAGAUGUUUGGUUGAAUGUUGAGUGCCUGUGGUGGGACAUAUCUGCGUAUUUCUGAUGAGUUUAAUUAUGCUACCUUUCUGCAAAUGCAUUUCCAUUAUACAGAGAACAACAAAAGAAUAAUGUAGCAAAUAGUCCUUUUAUUUGUGAUUGUUGUGUGUGUCUGCGUCCACACGUGCACUGACGUGUGUGGCUGCGCUUCCAUUUUAGGAUGUCUGCCAGUCAGAAAUUAUGAGACUGAUCAGGGCUGAGGGCAUCAGUCCUGAGUUAGGAUCAGGAUAACAGGAUAUUUUUCUUCCACUUUGCUUUUGAGAAGCCUUAAAGCUCUUUUCGGCGCUACAAAGUGCACGUUAGCUCGUCUGUCAGAAAUACUACAAGAGAAAUUACAGCACAGGCAUUUAACUGGUUGACCUGGAGAUGGAAUUAAUUCUAAAGAACAAACAAAGCUUUUGGAGCAUUCUGCGCACCCAAACAGGAAUAAUAUAUGAAUACUACAUGGAUUACCACAACUUAAAGGACAGCUUUUGUUGUUUUUUUGUUCUUAUGUUUUUUUUCUCAGCUUAAAUCAGCUCACUAGUAAGAUCUUACCUCAUGCAUGCUCUCGUUGUCAAUGCAAACUAGCAGUGUUUGGAAGUGAAAGCGUCUGGUAGAAUUAGAUAUACGGCAGGCAUCCUGGUGUGUGGUAACCAUGGCUUGAAAGGUGAGGGACUCCCCUGGCAUUACCCCUGAAGAAGGCAAAGCUGACAAGUCCUGAAUGCCCUUUUGGUACUGUAAGCUCAGUUCAGCGCAGAGUAUCUGACUCUAUACAGUCUUACUUGUUUGAAAAGGAUUAGAGGGUGACUUGUACGUUCAGAGCGUUUCAGAUAAACUAGAGAAGAGGAACAAAAGACAGGGAUUUGAUCAAAUUGACUCAAGAUGAGUAAGAUUAUUUUAAUACAGGGUUGUAUGUUGAACAGGUGUAAUAUUUUUUUUAGCUAUUUUUGGUAUGAAGAUAUACGUAUAUUAGGUACUACAGUGGAUUUUACUCCUAGUUUUUAGGCGCUGGUGGGAGUGGUCAAUGUGCACAGAUUUUGGGGGCACUUCUGGUCAGUGUGCACAGCUUCUAAGGGCUCCUCUUUGCCCAUAAACCCCAUCCCACAAUACACACUUGUACCUCUCUAUUAUUAUGGCCUGCGUCAGUGUAAAUGGACUCAUCCUGAACCAUCCUGUCUACCUUCAUCCUCGCAUUCUCAUUUCAACUCAAUGUUGAAUGUUGAGGUUUAUCAUAAGUGCUACCAAAACUGAUACAUGGUGCCUGAUGUUUUAUUUUUUUGUUUGUUUGUUUUUAACCUUGGUACAUUGUUAGCUACUUCUUUAAGACAAAAAAAGAAUGUAGAUGUUCAGGACUGCUCAAGACAGUCACUUGUAUCUGUUUUUUUUCCUCCUUUUGUAAGUAUGUUGUAGCCAACUGUAAAAGCACAACAUAGAUUUUCUUUUAAUUUGAUAAUCUGGUCUAUAAAUUGCAUUGCCUGGCCAUUUCAUCUCUAACCUUAUGCUGCCUCAAGUUGCUUUUGUACAGUAAAUUAUGCAUGUAUUUUUUAAUGCCUGUUCAGACAUGCUUAUAGAACUGACAAAAGUAUCUCAAAAAAUACAGUAUUCAGAAUGCAUUGGUAUACAUAAUUUAGAUGCUAAAUAUUAAUAAUUUUACAAAUUAACUGAUUUAUUUUUACUGGUAUCAGAUUUGGGGGAGAGGCUGGGGGGUAAAUAUCAUUUUGUAAAAAUGUAAAAAAAAAAAAAAAAAAAAAAAAAAAGGAUUUGCAUGUGUCAGAUUUGUCUGCAGGUCUAAAAUAAUUGGCUAUUCUAUGUGGUAAAUACUGGACAUGGCAA